AGGGGUGUAAUUUGUGGUCCCAACUGAAGAGGUCAUACGAGCCUAUAAUCUGAAACCGGCUCAUUUCGCGCAGCCUUUUGAGCGUUUGACGUCCAUGUCGCAGAGAUAUCAAAUCACCAACUGGAAAGAUGCGCUCAUCAUUUGUCAUUGUGAUAUUGUUAUGGACAGUGGCCGUCGCUUAUUAUGUUUACAUACCUUUACCCGCCACCAUCAAUGAACAGUGGAAGUUGAUGUUGUUGGAUGCUGGACUCCGCACUGUUAUUAAAAUGGGUGACGUGGGGGAGUGGUUGGGCCUGGGCCAUGCCAUAUUGUUGAUCCGGGGGUCUAUGUGGGGCUUGGAAGGGCUGAAGGAGCUAAUGGAGGCAUCCGGGUUGGCAGGAGGGGGGGGCGGAGGGGUGAGGGUCAGCGAAGACACCUUCGGAGGUGUGCCAGUGCGGGUGUACGAGCCCCCCGCCGGAGGAGAGGGGCAGCUACGGAGGGCAGUGAUGUACUACCAUGGAGGGGGCUGGGCCCUGGGCAGUGCCAAGGAUGGUUCUUAUGACGUGUUGACCAGGCAGAUGUCUGAUGAGCUGAAUGCAGUAGUGGUGUCUGUGGAGUAUCGCCUGGCUCCAGAGGUUCUGUUUCCUGUGCCAUAUGAGGACUGUUUAAGCGCAGCCAAACACUUCCUGGAGAAAGGGGUUCUGGGUAAGUACUUGGUGGAUCCUCAGCGUGUGGCUGUGUCUGGAGACAGCGCGGGAGGAAACCUAGCAGCAGCAGUUGCUCAGCAGAUCGCCAUAGACGACAGCGUGAGCGUGAAGUUCAGCGUGCAGGCACUGGUGUAUCCCGCCCUCCAGGUUCUGGACCUCAACACCCCGUCCUACCAGCAGAACCAGGCCAUCCCCAUCCUGUACCGGCCCUUCAUGGUCCGCUUCUGGCUCCAGUACCUGGGGGCCGACCCUGCCAUCCUGCCCCUGCUGGUAGCCAACAACCACAGCUUCCUCCACCAGCCGAGCAUCACGGCGGACAUGCGGGCCAGAGUGGACUGGAGUGUCCUGCUCCCGGCCAAGCACAGGGGACAGUACCGGCCGGGCGGAGGGGCGGAGGCGUCCCGGGGCUGGGUGGGGAAGGAGGUGGAGGGUGUGGGGGAUGUACGGGUCUCGCCCCUGCUGGCGGAGCUGGCCGUCCUGGCCCGGUGUCCGCGGGCGUACGUGCUGACUUGUGAGCAUGACGUGCUGAGGGAUGACGGGCUGAUGUACGUCAGGCGGCUGCAGGACGCCGGCAUCACAGUUACCAGCCAUCACUUGGAUGACGGUUUCCAUGGCUGCCUGAGCUUCAAGCACUUUGAAAUUGGGAAGCGGGCUUGCAGGGGGUAUAUCGCUUGGCUGCAAGAGAACCUGUAAGGUUUGAGUGCGCGUUUGGGCUUAUAUGAAUGUUAGAACCCAUUCCCAGGGACUAAACCCACUGUCACAUCCAGUGUGUUGUAAUCAUGGAUAUGAAAUGGUUGUUAUUGAUACAAUAUUUACAUUUACAUUUAUUCAUUUAGCAGACGCUUUUAUCCAAAGCGACUUCCAAUAUGGUUGUUACCAUAGAUACUGUGUGAUUGGUAUCAUAGAUACACUAUGAUUGUUAUCAUAGAUAGCAGAUGGUUGCACUAGGACUUGGUCCACAAAGGCACUUACAGCAUUCCUCAUCUCUUUGCACUUGGCAUGUCCUGUCAUUGGUGUGUGUGGUCUGUCACUGAGACUACAACUCUUUUCUCACCUCUUAUAUUUUUAGUGGUUAAGUCAACAUUUUAUGAAAUGCAUUAGCUUAAAGAAAUGUGUUUGAUCUGUGGUGGUUAGGAGGAUCAACUGUCUGGUCACUGGGUUUGAGUCAGGCCCAUUGUCCUGAACAAAAGUCAGAAAAAGGUUGAAGUGUGUACAGUCGGUCAUAUCCCUCAGGUGUCAGUGCAAAUCCUCUCAGCCAUGCUGUUCUGUAGCUCUCAGUAGCCUACAAACCUCUGGGAGUGUUAAUAAACACAAACCUGAUAGAC